AUGGAGAAAAUGGGCGGAGGACGUUUCGCGUUCCCGGAGGGUUCGGAGAAGCCAAUUCAUGGGCAAGGCUGGAUGCUUUGGUGGUGCAAAGGAUACACGGCCAGAUUUGAUUACGAAGCUUCCAAGGACGACCAGAAAAAGUACGAGGAGGAUUUGAAAGAGGAGCCCGGCUACGGGACCUACUACUCGCUGCUCAUCAGCAUCUUGCUGAUCAUGUGCGUGCCGGCCGUCUGCAUUGCCGCCGUUGCCGGGGGAGCCGCAUUUGUCGUCGGACCCAGUCGCUCGUCUCUUCUACCAAGUCGCAGGGCUGAAAUACACGAUUUGAAGCAACCGAUCCCCAUCUUAUCACCCAUACGAACAACUGCAAUCAUCAUCUUCUCCAGGAUCUCUACAAAUGCCCUUUUAACCCACCAGCCCUCUAUACAGUAUCCCUUCACUCGUUUUCGA